CAAUGACAGCUCAUCGCAGGGAUGCUGGGAGGCGUGAAGGAGGGGGCUGCUUUUUAGUGGGUGGGACAUAUAUAUGAGCGCUAUAGAAAAGGGGGAUGCUGCAGCCCCUUCAUAUCUCACUCCACCCAGCAGCACUAGAAUAAAAACCACCGGUGACGUGCGCGCAGGGAAGCACCCAGCAGUAUGUGCGCGCCCACGGGAGGGGCCGACAGAAAAUGGCGAGUCUGUGCAAAAGGCAGCAAUGCACGGUAGAGAGGCGCGGCUUUCGGCAGGAACUUGACUCUUGGAGGCACAAACUCAUUCACUGUGUAGGCUUUGAAAGCAUCUUGGAAGGCUUGUUUGGGCCGGGACUAGUCAACGAUAUCACUCUUUUCCAAGACUGCGAGCCGGAGGAAGUGUCGGACUGGUCCUUCGAUGACAACUGUCUCUUCUGCUGCUUAAGACGCGAGAAAGUCAAGGAGCACAGCGCAGAGAAAGGUGGAGGCAGCCAGGUGCUGUCGGAGCCGUCUCGGAUCAGCCGGCUGGAGAGACAGGCCCACGACUUCCUCAAUGCUGUGUUACACAGAAAAGACCUCCCAAGUUUCUCAGAACCUCACAUUCCUCUAGUGGCUCGUGAGAUCAUGCAGCGAAUGAUCCGCCAGUUCGCUGCCGAAUAUACCUCAAAAACGACUCAGGACGACUCUCCUCCCCUGACCAACGGCACCAUGAAGGACCAAAGCCUGUCGAGAGCGGCGCCUCUGAUCGCGCCCGGCUCCUCUCCAUCUUCUGCCUCCUCCUCUUCCUCCUCUCCUUCCCCCACCCCUGGACCUGGUUUCAGCCCAAACUCCGCCGCUGCUGCCGCCUCAGCACCGACAUGCAUCCAGAACAGCAACGGCACGGGGACCAGUAACGGGUCAGGAGGAGGGGGGACGGCUGCUGCCUCUGCACAGAACCCCGUCCUCAGCAAGCUUCUCAUGGCCGACCAGGACGGCCCGCUCGACCUGUCCGUCAAAAAGAACGAGGAUGAGGAACCGGAACCGAGCCAGCCGGACGGCGUCCUGGACCUCUCCACCAAAAAGAGCCUCAGCGCAGGCAACCUCAAAACCUUCCCCGGCUUCUCCCCUGAGCCCAGGGUCAAAGGACGUUCCAUUAAAGCGGAACACACCCUGCCAGAGGUGGAUGAGGACGGUUUGCUGCAGAGAAGCUUGCAGGACGGACUGAGGGAGAACUACGCCAACUCCACCUCCUUCAAACCGCCAUUGGCCCGCUCGCUGCGUAUCAAGGAAGAGCUCCUCAGCCAGAAGCACCGCCUCCUGAGCCAGCCUGCUGCCCUCUCAUUGGCUAAUCUAGAGUCAGCAGGCUUGCUCAAUCAUGCGCAGUCCCUCGCCUUGCUUGGCCAGAAGGGCUCUUCCUCUUUCUGGGGAAGCAAGGCCCACCUCGAAAGCCUGAUGAAGCUAAAGCAGGCCAGUGGAGCUUUGAACGGGGCCCUCAGCGACCUCAAAGACCUGCCUACAUUCCUGGAGAAUCACCAAAACCACCACGGAGCCUUCUCCUACAAAAGUUCCCACCACCACAAUCAUGUCUCCAAAGCCCAACACCACCACAACGAGGGGAAGAGGGACCAGGGCCACUCGCCUCCUGUCGACCUAAAGAUCCCACAAGUUCGGGGCAUGGAUCUCUCCUGGGAUCCCCAUGGCAAUGAGCUGUACGGAUAUGGCGCCAUGGGGAUUGGGGGAGGAUGUCAUGGUGAAAACAGCCUAAACCGGAAGCUGAGAGCCAUCCUACCCAAGCAGAACCGCCGGGGAGGAAGUCUUGGAAGCCUCCUGGAUGGCGCUGCCGACUACUGGAGCUCCGACUUGGACCACUCCAGUUCUGGGCCAGCGUACUCCACCUCUGACGCAGAAGGGGACCCCAACUCCAAGCAGCCAAGGAAGAAGAGGGGCCGUUAUCGCCAGUACAACACAGACAUCCUGGAGGAGGCCAUAACCCAAGUGAUGACCGGGAAGAUGAGUGUGUCCAAGGCUCAGAACAUGUACGGGAUCCCGCACAGCACCCUGGAGUACAAGGUGAAGGAGCGCCUGGGAACCUUGAAGAACCCCCCAAAGAAGAAGCUCAAGCUGAUGAUGAAGAUGGAAGCAGGAGGCCGGGAUUUUCCUCUUGGAGAGUCGGAGAACAGGCUCAACGCAACGCCGCGAGACGACGGGCCGCCACUGGCUGCUGCUGAGCUCCAGGACAAUGUAAAAGAAGAGAUUGAAGACAAUUUCAAACCAAUCGACUAAACGACAUACACAUGUAAACCUCAGUCAAAUGACAAAAGUAAUUUGAAAAUGGAUGGGGCUUUAUUUGUGCCAACUUACUUUGCAGUAUCUGGGUGAGCACAAACGCAGGGACAAUAUGAGGAUUCUUAAAAACAAACUUGAGAUAAACAACUAAUCGGAUGGUUUUUAACAAGCGUGGUUUAAGCAAUGCUGUAUUAGCAUUUGUUUAGCUUUUAUAUCCAGGGGCUUAACAAAUGCAGCUAAAGACAUACAUCAAAUGACAAUUAAUGAAAUUUCCAUAAGCAUGCUGAUAAUCCCCUGCCCAAAAACCCUUUCCCCUUUUUCUGAACUUGAUAGACUGAACCAAUGCUGCUUAAAAGUGCAGUUUGGGCUUUGGAACAUUCCAAUUGGGGAAAAUAAUGAGGUUGAAAAUGAACUCCAUGGACACAUAAGUCCCUUUAUUGCUCCCCUCUCUUAUGGAGUACUAUCUGAAAUUGGUAAGUGAACAGUCUAUUACAUUUGAAACCAACUGUAAAGUUUAAUCAUACCAUUGAUAUUCCUCGCCAGGGUUGUGAAUCAAAACCCAUCCUCUUAUUGCCAGGUAGCCAUGACGCUUUAACUGCAAAUCUUUUCUUUCCUCCAUAAGAUAUUCUGCUAAUCUCCGUGCGGACGAAAGCAACAUUAACCCGUCCUUUUUGAAUGAGAAAAGACACAAAAGUCAUUCAGGGAUGCAUGUUUGUGAGUUUCGUGGACACUACUGACUUCUAUAAUCAACUUUUUUCCUUUAUCUAUAUCUUUUCAUUUGUUUUGCUUUCUUUUGCACUACACUUUUGGUCUGGCGCUUACAGACCAGGUUACCUCGGCAUUGUUGCCCUCGCAUCAUGCACUUAUUUUGGUCUGUCUCCGAAGCCCAGUCGCAACCUCAUAAUGGGUCAGUGGUGCACAUCGCCUGCGUACGCUGAUCCAUAAUCAGAUCCCAGGGAGCUCGAAAACCCUCUUUUUUUUGCCAAGAGACAAGUUGAGGGGUAAACUGAUUAUGGAUCAGCCUUUUUAAGGCGGAUUGCUACCUCAUGAACCUCCAUCAGUGUCUCACUGCUGAUCCUGGAACGCUGGAGCCGCCUUCAGGUUGCCCUCCAAACGGUGACCGAAGGGAGCUCAUCCCUUGCAUGGAGACCUUUAUUGGAUGAAGGCCUUUUAGGAUCAGAAUGUGAAACCCUGCUGCUAUCAACUUGAUUAUCUAGCUCCUAUACAAGGCUUUAGCCAGUCUAAGCUACUGAGUUUUAGCUAGUCUUAGCCAACAACAAUACAUUGCUGAUGUUUUUUCCUUUUCUAAUGAAACUGCUUAGCUGAUGAGUUUCAAACGUUUAUUUCCCUCAAACCUCAGACAGUUUUAACGGCAGUUAACUACAAAAAUGUGCAUUUAUUGAGGGGUGUUUAGGGAUGAUGGGUGGGCAAUAUGCAGUGGGGAGGGGUAGUUAAUAGAAG